UCACUGGUCCGGGAAUGUAAGACUGUCUCCAGGUGGGAUUUACUACAGCCGGUGGGAAGGAACGCAGCGUGUUGUAUGGGCAGACAAUUUACAGCAUUUCCCCCCCAAAAAACUGCGUUGGUUGUAUACAUUUGCAUAUGAUUGAACCAUAUCAUUGAACUGCUCCUGAACCAUCUCAACUUCUUCAGUCCUUUCUUUGUUUUUGCAAGCCUGGAAGAGAGAAAUAGAGAGAGAGAGAGAGAGACCAAUCGGGAUUGAAAUCUAUAUAUGCCUGUAGAUGUGGGACUCUAUCGGACAUACUGUAUGUUUGAGUUAUCACAUGGACCGUUUUGAAGGGAAAUUGAGCGCGAAAUAGACGACUUCAUUGUGAAGAAUGUAUUGGUAGCCUAUAUGGUAGAUAGUGUUAUUUUGUUGGGGGGCUCAGUGACGCAACAUUUCAUUCUGCCUGGAUGAGGAUGAACAUCCAUGCGUAGUAGGGCGUGAACUCACAGAGUCAGAGUCAGUACCCUCCUUUCUUCCUAUUGUUAAUAACAACACCUCGUCUAGGCUACUAUACCCCUCUAUUUCCCAUUCCUUCACGCUGAUACCGUACCGCCUCGUCAUGGAUCUCAAACCGGACUCGGAAGAGAUGGUGGACUCUUUCAAGCAACCUCCGGCGAUUGAAGUUUUCGCCAGCAGGUCGACUCUCCAUGGCAUCUCGCACAUGUUCACUUAUGAACGGAUCUGCAUCAAGCAGUGCCUGUGGAUCUUGUUCUUCCUGGGUUCUCUCGGGUUCCUGGUCCUGGUGUGUGUGGACCGGGUCCAGUUCUACUUACAGUACCCCCAUGUCACUAAAUUGGACGAGAUAGCGACACCGCUGAUGAUCUUCCCAGCAGUCACCUUCUGCAACCUCAACACGUUUCGCUUCGGCCAGGUGACACGCAACGAUCUGUACCAUGCCGGAGAGCUCCUUGCUCUACUCAAUGGAAGGUAUGAGAUCAGAGACACUCACCUGGUUGAGGAAAGCGUUCUGGAGACCCUGAAGAUCAAAGCUGACUUCCUCAACUUCAAGCCCCGCCCCUUUAACAUGCGAGAGUUCUACGACCGGACGGGCCAUGACAUCAAGGACAUGCUGCUGUCGUGCUACUACUGCGGGGUGGAGUGCAGCGCCGAGGACUUCACUGUGAUCUUCACCCGUUAUGGGAAGUGCUACACGUUCAACUCUGGCCAAGAUAACCGCCCGCUGCUGGUGACCAUGAAGGGAGGGAUGGGGAACGGACUGGAACUGAUGUUGGAUAUCCAACAGGAUGAAUACCUGCCAGUCUGGGGAGAAACAGAUGAGACGUCGUACGAGGCGGGCAUCAAGGUCCAGAUUCACACCCAGGACGAGCCUCCCUUCAUUGACCAGCUGGGUUUCGGAGUGGCCCCGGGCUUCCAGACCUUCGUAUCCUGUCAGGAACAACGGCUGACAUACCUGCCACCUCCGUGGGGUGAUUGCAAGUCUACUCCCAUGGACUCGGACUUCUUCAGCUCCUACAGCCUCACGGCCUGCCGUAUCGACUGUGAGACACGCUACCUGGUGGAGAACUGCAACUGCCGCAUGGUGCACAUGCCUGGAGAUGCCCCUUACUGCACCCCAGAGCAGUACAAGGAGUGUGCCGACCCUGCCUUGGACUUCCUGGUGGAGAGGGAUAAUGACUACUGUGUGUGUGAGACACCCUGCAACUUGACGCGCUUUGGAAAGGAGAUGUCCUUCGUCAAGAUCCCCAGUAAGGCCUCAGCCAAGUACCUGGCCAAGAAGUACAACAAGACAGAGCAGUACAUCGCUGAUAACAUCCUGGUUCUGGAUAUCUUCUUUGAGGCUCUGAACUACGAGACUAUCGAGCAGACGAAAGCUUACGAGUUCGCUGGGUUGCUGGGUGAUAUUGGUGGUCAGAUGGGUCUCUUCAUAGGUGCCAGUAUCCUCACCAUCCUAGAACUCUUUGACUACCUUUAUGAGGUGAUCAAGUACAAGCUGUGUCGAUGCUCAAAUAAUAAACACAAACGCAACAACAACAAUAACCGGGGAGCAGUUCUCAGUCUGGACGAAGUCAAACGGCAUGUCAGUAUGCCUAUGGCGCCCUGUGAGAACCUGCAUACACCGGGUACGUAUCCUGCCAACAUGCUACCUCACCAUCCAGCGCAGGGCAACGUUGAAGACUUCACGUGCUGAGCCAAUCAGGAGAAUGCAGGAAGUACCUGAGCCAAUCAGGACAGGAGUAAGGAGGAAGAACCUGGCAGUACGCAGCCAAAGUCAACCAUCCAACAAGAAUAUCUGACAUGAACACUAUAUAUAAGGAUUUAAAUAAAAAACGGAUUCUCAA